UCUCCCUCGUAAAAUCAUCUCGACCCCAAAAGAGAGAUUCUUCUCCCACACUUUUCUCGUCGUUUCCUCUCCGUCGACCAAUUUCAUUUUCACCCAACCCGUCUCUCUCUCUAACUCUCUUUCAUUCGCUUAACCAGGAAGGAAGAAACUCGCUACGUCGUUUACACAUCCAAUUCGAAAGUUAUUAAGAUUGCCCCAAUCAGAAAAAAACGAGAUCUUGUUCAUUUCGCGACGAGGGUUCGUGUGGCAAGGAAAAGGGUUUCUCUGGUUUACUCAAUCAGAUCAGAAAGUCUCUCUCUUUAUCCCGUUUUCAAUUUCGGUUUUACUGAAAACCCUAAUUCAUUCAUUCUUCUGCCACCAAUUUCGUCUCUUAGGGUUUCUUAUUACUUUCUAAAACAAAAGGAAGCUCUGAAAAAAUUCAGUGCCUAUUAUUUUUUUUCUGCUAUCUGAAAUCAAAAGAGUCUCCUUUCUCCUUAGAUCUCAUCAUUUUACCUUUAAAAAAAAAGAAGAUAGCUUUUGUCCGGAUCUGAUCUUAGUUUCACCUUUUUUUUAGGUAGUCUCUGUACAAAGUGAUUUUUUUUAGGAAUGGCGUUAAAUUUUUCACAUAGGCAGCACUUUUCUGAAUCAAUGAAGAUAGCCAAUGGUUAUCUUGCUGAUGGCCUUUCUGAGAGGAACGGUGAUGUUUUUAACCAGUCUUGGUGUUCAAGUAUUGAUAGAGGUGAUUGCUUUGUUGACUAUGCUGGAGAUUCAGCUUCUGUUGACAUACUUGAUGUUUUGCCCUCUGAUCCGUUUGGCAUGGAUAUCAACAAUACUUUCACUGCUAUUACUGGAUGGCUUGAGGAUCUGGAGGUUGAUUGUAGCCAGUAUGGGAGAGAUGAGAUUUGGGUCGGUGACGGCAGCAGCCAACACCAGCUCUUUGCUGGGUUGAGUUUCAUUUGGAACAAUGCAAUGCGGUUUCAGGAGUUUCCAGAGAGCAGCAAUGUGUGCAGUAAUGGGUCAUGGUCAUUACACAACAGCGUUGGAGAAAGCAGUGAUCGCUGCACCACCAGUGAUGCGGGUGAGAAUGCACACGUUCAUCCAGCGUUUGGUUUUUGUCUUUAUCACUUGGGAGUGAAGGAUCUUCUUUCAGCGAGUAUGGUUUGCAAGUCUCUGCAUGCCACUGUCUGUGAUGACUCGCUGCUCUGGAAACAUAUCCACAUUUGUCAACCGUUGAAUGAGAAGAUCACAGAUGAGGCUCUUCUGCAGUUAACCGAGAGGGCUCAGGGCACUAUGCAGUGUUUGAGGCUCGUAGAUUGCUCGAGAGUUACAGAUGAUUGUCUUAAGCGGGUCUUGGAGCGUAACCCACAAGUAGUUAAGCUUGGCGUGUCUGGAUGCACAAGAAUCACUAUCGAUGGUGUUUUGAGCAUCUUGAGAGAUCUGACGUCUGCGGGGAAGCUUCAAGUGAAGCAGUUGGAGAUCGGUGGCAUCUUUGGAGUUACUAAAGAUCACUACGAUGAAUUGUUUGGCUUAUUAGACGUUGACAGUAACGUGGAGCUGUCUACACAGAAGCCGCGUUUUUACCAUAGAGGAGACUCCUCAUGUGUGUCCUGCGAUGAUGAUGAUGACCGGGUGCUAGAUAUUGAGAUGUGCCCAAAAUGUCAGAACGCUAGGCUUGUGUACGACUGUCCAGCAGAAGAUUGUAAAGGAAAGGAGGAAUGUCGUGCUUGUUCUCUUUGCAUACAGAGGUGUUUUCAGUGUGGUCGGUGCAUCAAUGACAGUGAAUACGAAGAAACGUUUUGUCUGGAGUUUUUGUGCGCUGAUUGUUCGAAGCAGUCUCCUAAGUUACCUCUUUGAGGUGGAAAGUUCCAUCUGAGCUUUUCUUUUCACUCUGAAUUGAGUGGCUCGGAUCUUCAUUGGUGUGGUGUAGUUUGGGGGAAAUGUGUCUGCCCAUGGAUGUAGGUGCCGUAGUAUCAUGUACAUAUAUUAAUAUGGUUAUUGUGGAUAGAGAAAUGUUAGAAUUAAAAAUAGGAAUAUGGAAGAAAGAAGCAGAGUAGUUUUGGUGGGUGAAGACUACACAAGAAGAGUUUGUUAUGUGUUAGUUAGAAAGAUUUGAAAGACUAUAGUGUACGAGAUGGGUGUUUCUUACUCGACUAUAAGUUAGAAAAAGGUAAGAGUAGGGUGAUGAAGGAUAAGGGCGGCAUCUGCUAUCUUGAUGAGUGUGUGGCUUAAUUGGUUUGGAGAAAGUUCAGGAUUAAGAAAAGGAUUAUGUAAAAGGAUAGCCAAGAUAGAGACUCAGUAGUGUGAUUUGUCAUCAGCCUUUGUGGGUUGGAGUUCGGAGUUGGAGACUUAGAGAAGAAUCUUUCCUACUCUGCUAUAAGUUAAAGAGGUAGAGUAGUGGGAUGAAGUACAGAUUUGGUGUCUGCCAUCUUGAUAAGUGGGGCUUUAGUUGGUUUUGGGAAAGUUCAGGAUAAGGAAAAAGAUUGUGUAAAAGGAAAAGCCAAGAAAGAGUCUUUAGUGGUGUCAUUUUGUCAUCAGCUUUUGUGGGAUGGAGUGGGAGUUGGAGACUUGGAGAAGAACACGAGAAGAGUAUUUCUCUGCUAUAAGUUAGAAAGAGGUAGAGUCGUAUUAUGAAGAACAGAUUGGUGUCUGCCAUCUUGAUGAGUGGGGCUUUAGUUGGUUUUGGGAAAGUUCAGGAUAAAGAAAAAGAUUGUGUAAAAGGAAAAGCCAAGAAAGAGUUUGAUUUUUCAUCUGCUUUUGUGGGUUGGAGUUUGGAUUUGGAGACUUACAGAAGAGGAGUUUAAGGUUUGCUGAAGCCGUAAAAGGAAGACAAUAAGUUCUACAUGUGGAUUAAGAAGCAGAUGAUCAUUAAGACAAUAUGGUUAGUCUGCAUUCUUGACAGAGAUCAUGCAGUCCAUUUUAGUGAAGGUGUGCCACUUUGGUGAAAUCUCAAUGGAGAUCAUUUCCAACUAUCUUAGAAACUAUGUACUUACAUAAAUAUGUUUGCUUUUAUCUCGUUGAACAAUUGUCAUAAAGAUUUGUAUUGGCUUUAGACAUCCAUUUGUUAUAAAUUAAAAAUAAAAAAGAUUGUAACUUUGUAUUA